AUGUACUUUCAGUUCUGGCCAUUUGUCUGGAAUGACGAUGUUCUGGCAGGAGUUAACGUGAUGCAGGCAGCGUUAGGCAACUACGCACAACGCUUUCGAGUUCAGGUCACUGGGAUCCAUAGGUUUGAUGAAAAAAAUCAAUACAUUCAGAAAGAGAUGAUUCAUAGGUUCUAUCAUGAGGAGGCAAAAAAGGACUCGAUCUACCGUGGUGGGCUGGUAGAUGAGAUCUUUGUUGACGCUCGACUGUCAAAACCGUUCGCGAGGAAAGAGUACGAUGAAGCUUGGACUCAACCUCUCACUCCUUCGAGUCCCAGGGGCCAAGAGGUGCCCUGGCUGCUCCCUGAUCAAGCUGUGCAUCACAUGAAGAAGGAAGUCCCUCCAUGCGACCAAAAGCGCCUCAAGAAAAUGGUGGAGGAGAAUAGAAUUUGGUGUUUACUCGAUUAUUAUCCCCGGUCUGAGACGAUACAUGUCCCAAAAGAUUUAGAAAGUUCAUUAGUGUAG